UUCUCUGGAAUUCCAAUAAUGAAAUUUGCCUUAUGGUUGAGGUUAGCAUCUAACUUUGUUUCUUCUCUGCAUGGAUUAGCAUAAUCCACUUAAAAGUGUUUUUUGGCCAUUGUUUAACUCUAAAAUGCAAAACCAUUUUUUGCACAACCUUUUUCAUAAUAUUCUUUUUUGGAUGUAACUUAAAUUUCACAGAAAUUCCACAACCAGACAAUCAAUAACUCUUAACGGUAUGCAAAAGCCAGCAAUAUGAAGGCAAAUAGUUAUAUUUCCUAGUUAAAGAAUAUCUCUGCAGGAGGCAAAGGAAGAGGGAAAAAGAAGAAACUAAGCCAAAUGUGAAUGAAAGAAAGCAGCAAUUAAAAAGCUAUUUUCCUUUAAAAUAGUCGAAUACCUCUCCAAGAAGGAAAGCAUUAGAAGCAAAAUUCACAUUAACAAACAUGGACUUACCUGAUUUAGUUCAAGAAAAGAACACAGGAAUGGAACUCAUAUAAACGACAAAGGGGAGAGUGCUCUUCCUUCUCUUGUGACUCUAUCAAGUACAGUAUAAUCAAUUAGCUGAGACCAAAUUGCCAGUUGAAGAUUUCUUUUCCUCAUCUUAAGAUACAAACAAGUGACCUAUAAGCAUUUGAUAGUGUUGUACCAUAAUCACAGAAACGCAAUGCAAGGUCUUCUUCGAAUGGUUAGAUCAUGUCAUGAGAAGCUCAAGGUUACAAUUCUACAGAACUCGCAGCUCAAAAGCACAAGUGAGAUGAACAAAAUAUUCGCAAGAUUUGGACGUGUCAUCUCGCAAAACAAGGAAGCUAAUGCCAUAAUGGUAUCACAGUCCACAAUGCAGCAAAAAGGGUUAGAGAAUACAAAAGUAUCUGAUGUAUUACUGACAAAGGAUGGAGAAGAAAGUGGUUCAUGGCUUUGUUGUCGGACAAAUGACACAGUUUAUGAUGCUAUCAAACAAAUGGCAGACAAUAACAUCGGAUCUUUGGUGGUUCUAAAGCCAGGAGAGAAUCAACUGAUAGCUGGAAUUAUAACAGAAAGAGACUAUCUGCGGAAGGUAAUUGUGCAGGAUAGAUCAUCUAAAUACACAAGAGUGGGAGAUAUUAUGACCGAGCAGAGCAAGCUCAUAACAGUCACAUCCGACACAAACAUUCUUCAAGCAAUGCAACUCAUGAGUGAACAUCACGUACGACAUGUUCCAGUGAUAGACGGAAAGGUGGUAGGCAUGAUUUCUGUUGCAGAUAUUGUCAAAGCAGUGGUGGAGCAACAAACUGGAGAAGUGAACCAACUGAAUCAAUUCAUUCGAGGGGAUUACUACUGAAAACAUAUUUAGCAAAGCUACUAAUAUCAAAAUUGCUUGUUGACAAACCACUACUUUCAUUUUCUCAGUGUAUUUCUUAAAAUAACUGGGAACAAGUUCAAUCAAACCAUUAUGAAAUAUUUACUUUCUUCCUCUUCAA